AUGACUAGCUAUGAUUUUGUGUUACAUUUAUUUUUUUUUAACUUACUUUAUCAUGUUACCGGAGCCGCUACCGACGUAAAGAAUUCGCAAAGUGAUGGUUCGUGCGCGGCGAGGUUCGCGUCCUGCGAAGCCAAUGCGGGCAACUCUCAGCAGCCAGUGUGCGGCACCGACGGGCGGAACUACUCCUCAAAAUGCCACCUACUAAAGGCGCAAUGUUCCGGAGAACCCGCCUCCGUUGCCCAUAAAGGACCUUGUGUUGGCCAGUCCUCCUGUCUGAUCGUGCAACGGUACGCCCUGAGCGCGCACAGCGGUCGCAGGGCCCCGUUCGUGCCUCGCUGCCGCGGCGACGGCACCUACGCGCCGGUGCAGUGCGCGGCCGCCGGCGCCGCCGCGGGCUGCUGGUGCGUCACCCCCGACGGGAAGCCCCUGCCGGACACCGCGGUGAGGAACGGCAGGCCGGACUGCACCAAGACCGAUAAACUGUUAGGUAAAUCGCACACACGGCGACGAUCCUCGGUUCGGGGUCAACGGAAUAAAAGAAGUUGCACUCGUAUAGACCGCGUUCAGUUCAACGGGAACCUGAUAAAAAUAUUUAGCGGCGAGUACGAGAGAGUACGGUCGGAGACAGGAGGCGCUCCUAUGGAGUCACGGGCUGUGGCCGAAUGGAAGUUUCGAGAACUUGAUCGGGACAGAAGCGGCACCCUGCAGAAAUCUGAAUACAGGGGCUUACGAAGACUAAUUAAAAAGGUGGUGAAGCCCAAACGGUGCGCCCGUGCGUGGGCCCGGGGUUGCGACGGCGACGGUGACGGUGAGAUAGCGCGCGCCGAGUGGGCCGCCUGCCUUCUCGCCAGCCCUGAGCCCCCCGCACCGGACUACGAGGACAGUGGGCCCGAGCCGGAGCCCGAUUACACCGAGGAGGAGCCCCCGCCCGACCCCAGCGCUGUGUUGCCAGGAAUAAUGAAGAACUCCUUCGCGCCGGACGGCUCCGAUGCGGAGUCGAGACGAGAGGACGAGGCUAACGACUGCCUGACGGAUCGACAGGCCGUCCUGGAAGAACAGAAGAACGGCAGCGCGGUGCUGUACGUGCCGGAGUGCACGGGCGACGGGCGGUACGCUCGCGCCCAGUGCUAUCGCUCCACCGGGUACUGCUGGUGCGUGCACCAGGACACCGGCAAGCCCAUCCCGGGCUCCUCCGUAAAGGACCGCAAGCCGGACUGCGACGCGGCGCCGCAGCACGCCAGCCCCAUGCGAGGAUGUCCUGAACCAAUGAAAACACAUUUCCUUCGUGAUCUGAUGAACUUCUUCAUAUCCAAAAUGACAGCUACUAGUAACGGAACUGGGCCUGGUGACAUGGUCAAAUGGGGUGCCUCGAAGGAAGAACAAGCUGCUACUUGGACUUUCGUAAUGUUAGACAAAGACAAAAACAAAGUGCUUGAGAGACGGGAAUGGAAGGCAUUUCACCAGCUCAUAUCCAACAUGGAACCACUGCGGAGGUGUGGUAGAAAGUUGCCGAGGUAUUGCGACGUUAACCACGAUUCGAAAAUAAGUAUUACAGAAUGGAUGGCCUGCCUGGAGGUGUUGCAGGCUUCUCAAGGACACUUAAAUAAGAAUAUAACGGAAGCAACAAAAGCACCUCCUAAUCCAAGAAGAAAAGGUCCAAACCCACUUGAAUCAAUUCUGAAGGCAGAAGAC